AUGCCUCCUAUAGACGUCCCAUGGGCUGCCUAUAACGAGAACCUCGACAUGGCGACUGGCAGCGUCCCGCUUCAAGACCUAGGACUUCCGCCGGAGUACGAAAGUAGCCCCAAAAAGGGCACGAUGGACUCUAUACAUAACCACUACUACACUCAAUAUCCGCAGAAGCCCUGGUAUCGCCGAAAGCGCUUCUUCUAUCCCUUGAUAGGUGUUGUACUUCUUGUUGUCAUCACAUGCGCUACAGUGCUUGGGGUCAUGCUUAAGGACAAACCUGCCAAUGAUUCUACAGAAGACACGAAGACAGUGAUAUCUCCUAGCUCAGGACUACUGACAUCAUCUCCGGGGUCCCCGACGACAUGGGGAAAGCAAGGCUCGUCUCCUACCACAACCAAAGCUAGAGCGACCGCCACGCCGUUUACCAUUGCGGAUAACUCUCAACUGGCGACAGUAUUCGCGAAAAAUAAAGAUGCGAGGCUAGAUAGGCGAUUGAUGAUCCGACAAGGGGACACCGAAGAUCUUCAUGUCACGGAGUGGGUGAAUGGGACUAUUAACCGUUACAGAAUUAAAGAAAGGGUUGCAUCGUUAGGGGCAGAAGCCAAGUCAGGCACACCUAUUGCCCUGGAAGUUGACAGCAAAGGGCUAGCUCACUUGUUCUUCUUGGGAAAGACUAACAUCAUAUCAUACAUGUAUGAGAAGGAAACCGGCAAAUGGGAAUCAGGAGAGGUGGCCAACGAACAAGGUGCAAUUCGCACAUCUUCAUCGUCAAGCCUGUCCACAGCAUGGCACAAGGGCAGAAACACACCGGAAUUGCUGGUUGUGGCUUAUGAUAAUCCUUCUCAGAAGCUGCAACUGGCCAUCACAGACAGCCCAACAGACCGAGCCUCGUGGUACUUGACUGAUGUCACAUCUGUUGCUGUAGAGCCUGUCGCUGGCCAGUCCAAUUUGCCUUGCUACUCGCUUGCAGGCGACUGGUACAAUAAGGCUACAAAGACAGACAAGGACGGAUUUCAGUAUCUACUGAUUGGCAUCCUACAAAAGAACGAGGUCGUCCCGUGGGAGUGUGCAAUUGAUUUUUGGCCACCUCCAGAUGUUCAAAUCCAAUGUCGCCAAGCCGAUAAGGCAUUUAACAAUGCUAAUGGGAAUGCACUUACACUCGACCCGCCGCCAAAAGAGCUCAUUUGGCUCGCCAACCCUGAACAAGGCAAGGGGAAGGACGACUCAACCCUUAAUUAUGACUUCAUUCUUCUUUCCAUAGACGGCUCGAACCUCGUUCGCGAAAAUUGGGUUGGUGCAGGGCGACAACGUACGGCAAGCUGGGGGUUCACUACGAAGUCCCCGAUCAAAGCCAUGUCAACCACAUCCGAAGGGUUAGUGUUUGCAAUGUUGGGGAAAGAAGUUCAAAUCUACCGAAAGCUAGGGGACAAGUGGGACUAUCAAAAGUUGGCAGAUGCGCAGGGUGUUUUACUAAAGUAG